AUGAUGCAAGACACUGGUCUCACGAGGCCAUGGAAAGCCUUUGUGAAAAAAAAAUCCUCGGAGUUGAUUAUAAACCCCGAACCAAGCGGGGCUCACCAGGGCCAAGCUGCCCUGGGGGCGGAAGGAGCCGAAUGGAAGCGCCCUUCAGGCAGCGGCCUAGGGCCCACUGGGUCCUUGUCCAUGGUGGAGAGGGCUUUCCACCUGUCUGCUGGUGGAAAUCGAGAGAUGAUCCAAUGA